AUGGUCCAUGUCAAUGCCAAGAUCAAGUCACUCGGCGAGCGUGGGAAGGCGGCCAUAAUAAUUGACAAAAGUGACGAGACAAAAGGAUACAAGGUGUACAUCCCGAAGGACAAGGUGGUGGUGGUAACGCACUAUGGGCGAAACAUCGAAACACUGACGGAUGAACAGAACGGCCAGCUCAAGUCCCACUUAAAAUUGGACGACCGUCAGGAGGAGAUCUAUAACGAUGGUCAGCGAAGUGUUCAAGCGCAACCAAGUACCUAA